AUGGCGGCAAUGGCGAAUCUCACUAAUACCAUGGAAGCUAAUACUGUUGUGACUCUGCAAGCUGUGCAGAGAUUGGGCCAACUGGCCGGGAAUGGAAAUGGCAAUGGGAAUGGCGAAGGUCUUCAGAAUGCCGACAUUCCAUGGUGGCAAGCUGAGUGUCGUUUGCUACAGCUUCAGAAUGCCGACAUUCCAUGGGAGGUGUUCCAAAUGGCUUUCUAUAAGAAAUACUUCCAUGAGUCUGCAAGGGAAGCAAAGGAAAUGGAGCUAAUGCAGCUGAAGCAAGGUUCCAUGUCUGUGGAUGAGUAUACCAACAAGUUCGAAGAGCUUUGUAGGUUUUCUCGAGUGUGUCAGGGUGACCCAGAGACUUACGAGAGUUGGAGAUGCGUUAAGUACCAAAGGAGUUUGAAGGAUAACAUUAUGACUGCUGUGGCUCCUUUGGAGAUCCGUGUCUUCUCUGACUUAGUGAACAAGGCUAGAGUAGUGGAAGAGUAUGCCAAGACCAUGGCGGCAUCUAAGGACACUCAUGGAGGGAGCUCUAGUCGGGGGCGUGGCAAGUACUUUCAUCCGAGAGGACAAAGCUUCAAGAGAGGAGAAUAUACGCCUCAAGGCCAAGGGGGCUUUAGAAAGAAUAAUCAGAAUCAAUUUCAGUAUGCUAAGGGAAGAGGAAAUCAGGGUAAGAAUUCUCUGGAUUUGACUUGUGUAUGUUGUGGGCGUUUCCAUCCUUAUGACUCAUGCAAAAUUAGUUUAGGUGGUUGUUUCAAUUGUGGGUUGCCUGGCUACAUUGCGAGGGAUUACACUCGUAGGAGGAACCAGAAUACGGGCCAGAGUCAGCAUCAAGGUCGAGUCUUUGCUGUGAAUGCCAAGGAUGCUUCUAAGGCGGAUCCGUUGAUGAGAGGUAUAUGUCUAAUUGGUGAUAAAUCCUUAGUUGCAUUAUAUGAUACUGGAGCUUCGCAUUCGUUUAUUUCGUUUGCUAAAGUUGAGGAAUUGGGCUUGAAAGUGUCAGAAUUACCUUUUGAUCUGCAUGUGCAUACUCUACAUCAAACAGUUAUGACUAGGUCAGGUUAUAGACAAGUAGGUUUCAAGCUUGAGGGUAGAGACUUUGUGCAGAUUUAA